AUGAAAAAAUUUUAUUUUUUUUCAAAAUUGUUUGUCUAAAUUGGAUAAAGUAGAUUAUUACAAAAUCCAAUAAAAAGUAGAAUUGAGGCUAAAAAAGUACCUUUAUACUAUAAUAAACCUCUUCCAAUAAAUGAAAUAGAAAAUUUGCUUAAAAGUUUACAUUAUUUAGUUCCAAAUGAAGUAAUACAAAUAAUGAAAAAAUCAGUAAAAUUCAAAUAAAAAUUUGGUAAAGAAGAGUUUACUUAAUACUUUAAAAAGUAGAGUAUAGAUUCAAUUCAAAAAGCAGAUUUAAUUUUAUUAUGUUAUAAAUUAAAUCUUGAAGAUGAUUUAUGGAUGAAAUGUCUAACUAUGAAAGUUGAUGAAUUGACUCCUUAUUAUUAGAGUGAAACAAUGUGGGCAUUAAAAAAUAAAACAUUUGAAAAAUCUGAAAUUUAAGAAAAGAGUCUUAAACUUCAAGAAGAAAUAAUAUCUUCUAUACCUUAAAACUUAAAUUAAUUUGAUUUAUAUAGUUUAAGUUUAAUGUUAUAAAGCCUUAAAAACUUUCAUAAAGUUAAUUGGGAUCAUUUGGCUUAAGCAUUUUUAAGACUAAUAAAUAAUAAUGAUCAUUUUUCUUUAUGUUAUGGUUUAUAUGCAUUAGCAAAACACAGAUAAAAACUUUCAAUAAAUUUGAAUGAAUAAAAUUUGAUACAUAUUAUACAAGAUAAGUUGAAGGAUUUUUAAUAAAAUGAUUUAUUAUUAGUUUUAUGGGCAUUGUAGAAAUUGAAUUUAGGGACAGAAGAUUUUUGGAAUUAUGCUUACACUAUAUUAUAAACAUAAAAAUUGUAAUCUUUAUAAUCUAUAGCAAUUUAAUCACAAAUACUUUCUCAAUUAUUUAAAGUAGAAGAACCAUCAUGGAAUCGAAUAGAGAAUUAAGCUAUAAAUUUAAUAAAAUCUGAUGAGAAAUCUUUAGUGACUUUGUUUUAAACAUUCUCGAUUAAUAAUAAGGGGAGUUAAUAAUUUUGGGAUAAAAUUUGUUCUCAAAUAUUGUAAGAUAUACAAAAUUUUUAAUUAGAAUCAUUAAUAAAGUUAGCGUCUCAUUCAGAUAAACCUGAAUUUAGUAAGAAAAUUCCUUUGGAUUGGAGUAAAUUAACAAUAUCUUAAAGAUGUUUAAUUUUUAAUAAAUUUGCAAGAAUUGGUUUAGAGAUGGAGGAUAAAUAUUAAUAUAUUUUAGAGGACAUAAAUAAAGUAUUUGGGAAAGAUUUAGUUUUAUUAUUAUAUACAAUUUACAAAUAUUGUCCUUAAUUAAAAAAGGAAUCUAUUUUGAAUUAACUGUAAAUUUCGAUAGAUCAUUUAAAUCCAAUUGAUAUUGAAUAAUUAUUAGAAUUGAAAGAGAUUCCAUAAGAAAUUAUAAUAGUACUUUAAAAAGAAUUUAGGAAUAGAAUAAAUUAAAAAUAGAAACUGGAUUGA